AUGGCUCCUAGUGUGGGCAUCACCCCGGCGCUGAUGGCGUUGGGAACCACGUCCGACCACGCCUCGGUCGUCGCCAUCACCGUCUUCGUGACUCUCCUCAGCGCGUGUAUCGUUAUUGGCCAUCUGCUUGAGGAGACACGCUGGAUGAACGAGUCCAUUACUGCCCUCCUUAUCGUGAGAUUCUGUUCCUUCCACCUCCGCGCUCUUGUUCAUCUUAUUAUUAUCGUUUUUAUCUAAAGAGAUGUGAUUUUCUCACCGCGAUGAGACGUCCGGUUUUUUUUCCUUUCUUCGUUCACGAUGUAGGGACUUGCAACGGGAGGAUUGAUCCUGCUGUCUACAAAAGGGAAAAGUUCGCGUAUUCUCGUCUUUAGCGAGGAUAUCUUCUUCAUUUACCUUCUCCCUCCUAUUAUAUUUAAUGCUGGGUAAGCCUCAUAUUGAUGGUUCUGGUAAUCUUCUUCCAAACUUUCUUCGUCGUUGGGUGAUUGUGCCAAUCAUGGCAUUUGGCGCCUUUACCACUGCUACCUAUUUCUUAGCGCGGUUGAUGCUCUUAGAUUCAUUUCCGGCCCAGUGGUGCCUCUCGGGGAACUACAAACUUGCAUUUUCGACUUUCUUCUGGUCUUCAUUGCAGCGUUGCCGUCUAUUACACCACUGAGAUUCUAUUUCUCAGCAUUAACAUGAUGUUAGAGAAAAGAUUUAUAUCCAUUUUCUAAUAUAUCUGGAUUUGGAUGACUAAUCCGCAUUUCUCCUGACCUGAAUAUGGUAAGCGUGAGAGACUUAUGCUUCCUGGGCGAUACACUAAAUUAGCUUGAACUUGGAUGCCAGGUAUUAUUAGUAUCUCGUUAUACCUUUCACAAAUCGGCCUAGGAGUGGUAGACUUUAGGGUACCGUAUGCAAGUAGUAGAAAAAGAUUACUAAUACUCAUGGUUGGGAAUUUGGAAUGCCCUCUAUUGUCCAUCACUGGAUGAUUAUCUUGAUUCAUUAGCCCAAUAGAGUUGGCAUCCUUAGAAACGCAUAUGUCAGAUGAAGUGAGUUCUCAUCAUUUGAUUUAAAUGCCAGGUGGAACUAAACAUCAUCGUCAAUAAUCAACGAGAAUUCGCUGCAUUCUUGAAAAAGAUUCUUCCAUUUUUUUUUAGAGGUAUGGACUCUGCAUUCGGGUUGCAGAAUCUGCUGAAAAAUUGAAAAUGAGACAUAAUUUCAAUGCUCUAGGGCUUAUCUAUCUCGAGUGCAGGAACACCUAAAGUAGAGCAACUCAAUGAGUGAGUUUUUUUAUUUAGCCAAUAAGGUUGACUGGAAGCAUGCCCAUUGUGCCCAAAGCGGCGGGGUCUAUCUGUGAUAUAUUCGUAGCCAUACAUAUCUUUGAUUCUACUGUAGCAUCUUCACUGAAGUUUUGAAGUCAUCCAAGAAAUAUUGAAUAAUUCUUUAAAGAGAACAUCCAAUGGUUUUGUAUUUUCCAGCCACAUUUCUAUUAGUUCUCUCUUCAUAACUUCUCAUAUUCAUUGGUAAAAUCUCAACUAUUUGAAGUUGAGUACAUAGAUCCAAUUACUGUAUUCAGAAAUAUAGUCUCUAUAAUACGGGGAAAUCAAAUAUGAACAGCGUUUUAUGGCCGGAUGCUACUUUGAUCCGACUUGUAUUUGGCAGUACUAAAAUGACAUCAAAUGAACCUUAUGCGAGCUCAUGUAUUAAAUUUAUUUGUCCUACUCUGAAAAUUGCAUAACUGUCUUAUUAAAAGACAUUCCAUUUAGUUUUUCAAUGAAUGUUAGAUGAAUUCAUAUUUGUUACAGACGUGAGAUUUGUUUUGCUUGGGUUUUUUUACAGCAAUACUAGUACGGCUAGUGCUAUAUUCUAAAAACUAGGUUACCCAUCUCUGCUUUUAGUUGUAUACCAAUUAUGGUCCUUCGUCAGUAAGAACUUUGUUAACAGCUGUGAGCUAUUUUCUUUCCUUCAAAAAUUAGCGGCCUUAUUAUAUAUACACCAGAAGGUGUACUAUGUUUUUCCAAUCUUAUUGAUCUUUUUUAACAGGUUCCAGGUUAAGAAGAAACAAUUUUUCCGCAAUUUCAUGACAAUCAUGUUAUUUGGUGCAAUUGGGACAUUAAUAUCCUUUACUAUAAUUUCAAUAGGUAAUGUUUCAUUAUGUUCUUUUUAAAAUUCUGUGUUAAAGUCUGAAUAAUCCUUAAUUUAUGUCCUGAAUUUGAAUCCCCCAGUCAUUUCAGAACUUCUGCCCUUUGGUUAUCUAGUGCUGGUUGGCGUCUAUGAAUACAAAACAAGCCAUGAAUGAACUAAGGAUAGUCAGGAUUGAUUCUUUGUUCUGAUUCAGGAAACAAUAAUCCAGAGAAGGACAACUUUUUCAUGAAUAAUCUGACCACUCUAGUUGGGAAUUUAUUUUUUAACUCUUCUAUUAUUAUCUAGUAGUUAUCCCAUUUUUUAAAUAGAAUAAACUUUGUUGGUAAUAUUAAAGCUUAAGUACAAUGACCAAAAUAGCGGGAAGUUAAGGCUUUGAGAGUACUUAUAUGAGGCAUAUUUGGCGAUUGGGUAGCAUUAUAUCUUCAAUUUUUCAAGAGUUAAAGCCGCAUUGAAUUAUUAGUGAGUAAUAUCUAAUGACUUUCAUUUUUUCCAACAAAUAAAAUUGAGACUCUUAUGUAGCAUACAACUAUUUUCCGAUUGAACAGAAUUACAUCUUCAAUUUUUCCGGAGUUAAAGCAGCAUUAACUUAUCAGUGAUUGAUAUCUCGUGACUUUCACUGUUUCCAAGAAAAGAAUAGAGACUCAUGUGGCAUACAACUAUUUUGCAAAUGAGUAGGAUCAUAUCUUCAAUGUUUCCAGAGUUGAAACCACAUUGAAGCAUGAGCGGUUAAUAUCUCUUUACUUAAGCUUUACUUGAGUUGGAAUGCCAUAUAAUUAUUAAAGAUUUCCUUCUUUUGUUUUUAACUCGUUUCAAAAUAUUCGAAGUGCACAUCAAACUCUCAUUCUUCAAUACAGGUGCCAUCGUAUUCUUCAACAAAAUGAACAUAGACAAUCUCGAUGUUACCGAUUUUCUUGGUAUAUUUCAAUCCUUAAAGAAAUUUUUCUUUCAAUCUCGAUACUGCCAAACAAGGCUGAUUUGAGUUUAUAUUUAAUAUUUGCAGCUAUUGGGGCAAUUUUCGCCGCAACAGAUUCUGUGUGCACGUUGCAGGUAAUGUGACAUCAUUGGCGGGCAAAACUACAGAAUUUGAUACCAUUGACGAACUACAUUAUGACAUAUUUUGAUUUAUGAAAAACAGGUCCUUAAUCAGGACGAAACACCUUUGCUCUAUAGCCUUGUCUUUGGGGAGGGUGUGGUCAAUGAUGCUACAUCAGUAGUGCUGUUCAAUGCUAUCCAAAAAUUCGAUCUAGUCCACAUGGACGUGCAACAUGGCUUGCAAUUUUUGGGGAGCUUCUUGUACUUGUUUAUCACAAGCACCUUUCUUGGAGCGGCUGUAAAUAAAUUUCAUAUUUCUUUUUUCAUUAUCAUGGAUUGAACUUCUGUUGGUGGGGUCUCAGUUUCUUUCUUUCUUUCUUUCUGUUGCAGGCCGGCUUACUUAGUGCUUACAUCAUCAAAACACUGUACUUUGGCAGGUCUGCUUUAUAGAACUUAUCCAUAUUUUAUGUUAUGUUGAAAGUCUCUAAAUCAAAAAAACAUAAAAUAGAAAUAUUUCAUGUUUGAAUGAUUGCAUGCUAAAUGGGAGACUUGAACCAUGAGAUCUUUGCACUCAACUAAAAUUAUUUUUUUGGUGAACGAUCCAAUUCUUUUAAAUUGUUUCAGAGGAAUACUCACAUUCAAUUUUUUCGUGUGUUAUAUCUGUCUUGUCCUUGCAGAAGAAUCAUCAAAAACUCGAACUGUAAUAUGUGAGAAUAAUUUAUCAUUAAAUGAGAUAAUGAACACUUGUGGUUAGAAUAUAUGGACCUAAUUCCACCGGUCUCAUUCUUUUGAAAUUCACAUGGUGGUAAAGUGGAUCCUUCAACAGUGCUCUAUAAUUUUCUUUGAUUCAAGUUUUAAAUCGGAUUGGGGUACAUUCUCGAGCCAAAUGGAUCGGUUUUGGACUUUAUUACCAUUAUAACAUAUUAGAAACAUUGUGGUUCUUCAGUGUGCUCAGAUGAAAACAUGAAGCAAUUGUAUAUUUCCGUCUCAAGAUCCUAUCUUCUGACAUUGGUUCUCUACUCAGGCAUUCCACCGAUCGUGAAGUAUCACUCAUGAUAUUGAUGGCGUAUCUUUCAUAUAUGUUGGCUGAAGUGAGAUUCUUUCCGUCAUCCAUGAAAAUAUUCGAUUUGACUUCUUUUUUUUCUCAGUCACAUGCAUUGAUUUCACGUGAGCCUUGUUUCAGUUGUUGGAUUUGAGUGGUAUCCUCACGGUAUUCUUCUGUGGGAUAGUGAUGUCCCAUUACACAUGGCACAAUGUGACAGAGAGCUCAAGAGUUACCACCAAGUACCACCUCCCUGCCCCCUCCCUGCGUCAUAUGAAAGCCUCGAGGGAUAUUACAUUGGGGCAAAGUGUAUGACUGAUUAUUUUUUCGAUGUUAUUGCAGGCAUACCUUUGCAACAUUAUCAUUUAUUGCUGAGAUUGCUAUCUUUCUAUACGUGGGCAUGGAUGCUUUGGAUAUCGAAAAGUGGAGAUCUGUUAGUGACAGGUACAAUGACUCCCAUACUUGGGCUCAUUUUCUUCAAGUAACAGAGCAUCAAUCCCAUGGGCCCUUCAAUUCAAGGGUUACACUGGUUCAUGUAGCUGCCAGUUCAUUUCCUCAUAGGGUUCUUCACCUCUUUCUUACAGCCUUGGAAAAUCUAUUGGCCUGAGUGCGGUGCUCCUGGGGUUGAUAUUGGUUGGGAGGGCAGCUUUUGUGUUCCCGCUUUCCUUCUUGUCCAACUUGAUGAAGAAAUCUCGGAACGAAAGGAUCUCCUUCAAGCAGCAGGUGGGUUCUCUUCUUAUGAUCUUCUCUUGAUGGUUCCAGAUAUUAAAAAUAUUAUUUAAAUAAUAAUAAUAAUAAUAAUAAUCAGGUUAUCAUAUGGUGGGCUGGCCUGAUGAGGGGUGCUGUAUCAAUGGCUCUCGCAUACAGCAAGGUAAUUGUGUAUGAUAUUCUUUUCAAAAAAAUCGUAUUUUCUGUGAAAAUAUUAUAAAUAUACAUGAAACUCUUUUUUUUUUUGGAUGAAGUGGAGAAUAAUUAUUUUCUGUUUAAAUCAUAUAAUAGUUUGCAGUCUCCGGGCAUACCCAACUCCGAGGCAACGCAUUCAUGAUCACCAGCACCAUAACAGUGGUCCUCUUCAGCACGAUGGUUAGUGUUCGUUCCAUGCCACAUUUUUGCUGAACCAGGGCCCCCUCGAUCUGACGAUCUUCCACGCCAGGUGUUCGGCCUCUUGACCAAACCUCUGACGACGCUGCUUCUCCCCCCCGGGAUGAAGCGCCAGGACAGCAUCUCCUCGGACCCUGGCAGCCCCAAGUCCUUCUUCUUGCCGCUACUGAGAGAGAAGGAGGGCUCUGAGAUAGAACCGGGGGCGCAGAGCGUCCCUCGCCCCCCCAGCGGCUUCCGCAUGCUGCUGACCACGCCGGCGCACACCGUGCACCAUUACUGGCGCAGGUUCGACGACGCCUUCAUGCGCCCCAUCUUCGGCGGCCGGGGCUUCGUCCCCUUCGUGCCGGGCUCGCCGACUGAGCGGAGUGUGCACCCAUGGUAG